UCGGCACUGUUCAACUUUCAAUCCCUUCUCCUCGUCAUUCUCCUCAUGAUCUGCACAUGCACAUAUGUACGAGCCGUCGCGCCGCGGCUGAUCGACCGGAACAAAGAGGGGUUCCUGGGUCUCUUCUGGAUGUCCGCACGAGUCGGCGAACGGCUAUCACCAUGGGUCGCUAUGGCAUGUGUAGCAAUGGCCGUAACAUUACUUGCGCAAUGA